AUGGACAGUGAUGUCACCAAUUAUUCGGUGGUGGGUAGGAUCGGAGAGGGCGCGCACGGAUUGGUUUUCAAAGCUAAACAUCUGCCCACAGGACGGGAGGUGGCGCUCAAGAAAAUACUCAUCAAAAACUUGGAAGACGGCAUUCCAGUGAAUGUGAUGAGAGAAAUAAAAGCACUGCAACUUCUUCGAUGUAAAUAUAUCAUAAAGCUGCAUGACAUGUUCCCCCGUGGUAUGAGCCUGGUCUUGGUCUUGGAAUACAUGUGUUCAGGACUGUGGGAGAUGCUGCAUCACAAUCAACAAGAACUGACGCUUCCAAGGGUGAAGGCAUACGCCCAAAUGCUGCUGAAAGGAACGCGGUAUAUGCACGCACACUAUGUCAUGCAUAGGGAUUUGAAACCGGCUAAUCUUUUGAUAAAUCAUGAGGGUAUAUUAAAAAUUGCCGAUUUGGGUUUGGCGCGGUUAUACUGGCCUGACGGUGGCAGACCCUAUUCCCAUCAAGUGGCAACAAGGUGGUACCGGGCGCCAGAACUACUAUACGGAGCACGAUACUAUACGGAAAAGGUGGACCUUUGGGCGGUCGGUUGUAUCAUCGCCGAAAUGAUAACGAAGCAACCAUUAUUCUCAGGUGAAUCCGACAUAGAGCAGCUGGCAAUCGUACUACAACACCUCGGUACUCCGACGCAGGAGUCAUGGCCAGGCCACGAGCACCUGCCUGACUUCCACAAGAUCACGUUCCCGGAGUCCGCGCCAACGCCGUGGCAUGAACUGCUGCCGGCUGUCGAGCCUGACGCCAUAAAUUUGGUCAUGUCGUUCAUAUCUUACAAUGAGAGCAAGAGAAUAUCAGCUAAACAGGCCUUGAAACAUCCAUGGUUUAUCAACAGACCUCUGCCGGCCGGUUUAGAGGAUAUGCCGAAGCCAGUAGCUACGAAAUCUAAGUGA